GAUUCACGAAAUCGAGAGUUUGCGGGCCUAUUUGAAAACAGCGAUUCCCAUACGAAGCGACAGAUGGCUAAACAAAGACGUCAGCCGGCAUCGCACCUGGUGUGGUCGGCUACCUACCUCCUCGUAAUCAUGAUCGCCGGGAUGAUCGGCCGAGCCGAUGGCCAAUUCACCGACACCGAAGAAACCAGCGGAGCCCCAACCACGCCCGCUAAUUUGAGUUCGUCUACCAGCAUCGCAACGACUGCGGCCACUCCACAACAGCAACCGGAACCCCAGCCGCAAACAUCGGGACCUUCGUUUUCGUCCACUUCGCCCGCUACGGCCGGUUUGAAUUGUCCGGAGGACAGCGUGACUUUCGAGCUCAUUACUGGCUACGUCUAUUCAGCACCCGCGGACAUGCUCGACUCACAACCGGGCACGCUCAUGCUAACAGACUGUAUUCAGACAUGUAGGCAAAACGCUAGCUGUCAGUCCAUCAAUUACGAAACUGGGCUCUGCGUGCUCUUCAGCUCCAACGCCGAUUCCAUGCCAGGCGCUUUGACAACGUCGCAAUUCCCCGUCUUCACAUUGUACGUCCAGAAGAAUUGUCUGCGCAUCACGGUAGGAUCUACGGAACCGGUCGAGUCCAUCACCGACGGACGAGGAGCCCUCCGCAUCAGCCCGGCAAGCCCAGGACAGCGCAACCCAUUGAGACCGCAACGUCUUCCGACAAGCCGGGCCGAACCAGUUGGUGCCAACACCGUUUGCAACCGCGCCUGGAGCUUUGAACGCGUCCAGGGCUACGAGUUGGAGACGCUGGCCAAACGCCGUCGCCGCGUGGCUAACCGACAAGCUUGCGAGGAACUCUGCCUUGGCGAACGUGAAUUUACUUGCAGAUCGGUGAAUUUCAACAAUGUCACUGGCGAUUGUCGUCUAUCCGAUAUGGACCGUCACACGAUGGCCGGAACUGGCGCUUUCAAAACGUCGUCCAACUCUGAUUACAUGGAAAACAACUGCGUCGACGAUCCAGUCAAGCUCUGCGAGUUCCAAAAAUUGGAGGGACGCAUCCUCAAGACCGUCGAUUCCGUCUUCCAAGAUGUGAGCACCAUCGAUGAUUGCCGUCAACUCUGCCUCACCGCGCCCUACCGAUGCCACUCUUUCGACUACGCCGAUACUGGCGAGAAUGUCUGCCGUCUCAGCCAUCACGCUUUGGCCACUUUGACCAACAUUCAGGAACCUUAUUUGGAGAUUGCCGGAGCGGCCACUUACGAAUUGAGCUCGUGCUACAACGUCACGAUCGAUUGCCGCUCGGGCGACAUGGUGGCUAAGAUUCGCACUAGUAAAAUCUUUAACGGCAAAAUCUACGCCAAAGGCAGUCCCAAUUCUUGCGUCAAUGACGUCACGGCCAGCCUUGACUUUGAGCUGCGCAUGGCCUACAACGACAUCGAGUGUAACGUUCGCAAAGACGGACAAGGCCGAUACUCCAACGACAUCAUUCUCCAGCACCACGACCGUAUCAUUACCAGCGCCGAUUUGGGUCUGUCCGUCCACUGUCAGUACGAUUUGGGCAACAAGAGCGUUUCCAACCAGGUCGACCUGGAAAUCACCGGCGAUAUCAUCCCCGUUCUCAGCGAAGAGGCCGUCGUCGAAGGACCCAAUGUCAUUAUGCGCGUUACCUCCAAGGAUGGCGUCGACGUGCCUUCCGCCCAGGUCGGAGACGCUCUGGACCUCCGCUUCGAGAUUGUCGACAAGAACAGCCCGUACGAGAUCUUUGUCCGCGAUCUGGUCGCCCUCGAUGGAGUCGAUAGCAACGAGAUUUUAUUGAUUGACGACCGCGGUUGCCCGACCGAUCCCAGUAUUAUGGGCGUCAUUGACAAAUCGAUCGAAUCCAGCAAAAUCCUCCUCAGCGCUUUCGACGCUUUCAAAUUCCCCUCGUCCGAUAAGGUUCAAUUCCGCGCUUUGGUCUCGCCCUGUCUACCAUCUUGCGAGCCCGUCAAAUGCGACGUGGCCGACUACACCGGAGACGUCCGCCUGCUCGAUUCUUACGGUCGCAAGAGGAGAGCUCUGGCACGUCAAAGACGCGACGCUGAGAGCGAAGAGGUCCUCGUCGUUCAAACGAUCGAAAUUGUCGACAGAUUCAACCCACCACCAGCAGCCGAUUUGUCCGACCGCGUGAUGGAAUUGGAAAAAGAUAGAAACCACUAUUCGUUCAUCAACGAUUUGAAGCACGGCGGUAAUGCUUCGUUGACUGAAGUGUUUAUCAAAGAGAAAUUGUCGGGAAGCAGCUGUAUCAACACGCUCGGCCUUAUCAUCGCCGGAGCUCUAUUCUUGGCCGCCCAAUUGGUCAUCAUUGUAGCCUGGACUUACAUCUGGCAAAGAAAGAGGCGGGCCAAGCAACAAGAUAAUAUGACAAUGGUCGACGUCGCCGUCAACAAUCUCCACCAGCUCUACAACCCGAGCAAUGCCGGUUACUCACGAAGACUCUAAAGCGUUCCAGACAACAGAUUCUCUGAUGUUCUUUUUUCAAUCUCCUCGGUUGGUAUUUUUUUGUUUAAAAAAUGUUUCCCUCCCCGACAAUGUGACUCAACAGGGAGACGCAAGGGGUUCUCGAAAACGCCUUCCCUCUUCCCGAAAGGGUCAUUAAGUCACAUACGUGGUUUCUCUUGAUUUGGGGUUUUGAAAAGCAAGGUGAUGGGGUAUUCUAUCGAUUCUGAAUGAGGCGUUUCUAUCCUACUGAUAUAAUCCACUCAAUCUGUUCCAGUUAUUCCUAGGCUUAAGAAUUUCUUAGUAUACUUAUGAUACGAAAUGCUUUCCCCUUCUUCCCCCCCCCCCUGUCACUCCCGUUUUUUUUAUCGUGCAAUCGAACUACCUAGUGUUUGCAAACGGCCUUUUUCCUUAUUCAAAAGUUAGGUUAAGAAC